CCCCCCCCUUCCAUCUCCCCUCUUCCUCCCUCCCCUUUCACACACCCAUUUCAUCCCCUGGUUUGGGUGACGGAUGCCCCCCUCCUUCUCCAGUAAGACCCAGUUAAACCAUGGGCCGUUGUUGACGCUUCGCGCGGUGUCUCUCUCUCUUCCGCUCGCUUUCUCCGUCUUCUCCUCAACAACCUCCCCCCCCCCCCCAAAAAGGAUCCCCUUCUCUCUUAAACUAGUCAAUCCAUUGUCUUUUUUUUCCGCCACACUCUCUACCUUAAAUAUUAUUUCUUACGGCUUUGUUGCUAAGGCACCGUUCGUUCCUUUGGCUCGCCUAGCUUUCUUUUUACUCUCUGCCUAUCACAUAGUCCUUCUUUUUGUCCCAGUCGAUGGACCAGUAAAUUACGCACUCCUUUCCUAUUAUUUGUCCACCUGGUUAAAUCGAUCCCCUCUCUCCAUACCUAUUCAAUCAAUUCUCUUUCGUGCCUCCUCUUGUUGUCACUUUUUUCCCCCAAAUAAAUUUAUCCACCCCCCACGCUUCCCAAUCCCAGCGUCUUGACUGGGGGCUUGGUUCACUACGGGAACCUAAUAAUAAUCACCACUUUAUCUAUCACCACCUGCCUUCCCCGUGGUCACUGCUCCAUUCCCUUUCCUUUCUUCAUUAUUACUACUACUACCACUACUACUACUACCACGACGCCAGUCCUUGCCUUGUUUGGUUACCUGUGCGAGCUUUGAUCCUUUAAACCAUCAGACCGGUCUCCAUCCAGGGUAACUCAAAAAGGAAAAGGGGGAAACGUUACCAGGAAGUCUCACGGCCGUCAUUCCUAAAUUCGACCUCCCUUCAACCUCAACGUUUUUUUCUCUUCUUCAUUGCCAUUGCAUUGCAUCGCAAUUUCUCGACCUGACCCUCGACGU